AUGUUUAAUAGUUUAAGUAAGCCAAGCCUACAAUGUCUACAUCCGAUAAGGUACAGAAGUUUGAGUAGUACUAAUAAACUCCUCAAACGACCUGUUCAAUCAGAAUGGAAGAAGGACAAGCCAGCAAGAUUGCACAAGCAAAAAACUUUCAACUUACAGAAAUUUUCAAUGAAAGGUAAAGAAGUCUUGACCCACAAUAUCAACAAGGUCAGGGAAUUGGAGAGUGGAUUCAAGGUACAGUUCAUAGUCAAUGGAAAACUUGAAACCAAGCAUUUGGCUGACAUUAUUGAAGAUUUGAAUCCCUCAAGUGAUGGUAUUAAAAUAGUACCUAAUAAAGAUUCUGUGAUGAUAAGAACAGUUCCUUAUAAACAAAUGCUCGAAGAAUUCAAUGAAGAUAAGUCAAAGAUGAUUGAGCAAGAGUUAAUCGGACAAGGAAGUCAAAAAGCUCUCAGAGCCUUACAAUCAAGUAAAAGAGCUGAUAAAAAGAAAAGUGGAGCUAAGAUGAUAACUUUAUCAUGGAACAUCAGUUUGGGAGAUCUUAAUGCCCAAAAGAAAUCCGAGAUAUUGAAGAGAGCUAGUAAAGGGGAAAAGUUUUCCAUAUUCAUAGAUACUCAUAAAGCCAAUCAAGCUACCAUCACCAAAAUUUUAGCAGGAGAAGUUACACCUCAAGGUGAGGAUUGGAAUAUCAAACCUAUGGAACUCAAGAGAAGAGAAUUAAUCAUUGAAGGCUUGCAAGCAAUUCUCGAAGAGGGUGAGGUCAAAUUCGAAGAAAAAGGAUCGAUAAAUAAGUUGUUGAUUUUAAAUUGUGUACCACCAGCACCAGUUGAAAAAGAGGUUAAGAAACAAAAGAGAGAAAAGAUCAAAAAGGAACCAAAAGCUAAACCUGUACAAAGGAUCGAAGAGAAUGAGUUAGACUCUUUAUAUCUGUUCAAAAUAGAAGAUUAA